AAAAUAUGGAAAAUAGAUAGAAAAGUAGGCGUAGGGAGGAAAAAACAUAUUCAAUUGGCAAUUUUGCUUUGGGGAGAUCAGGCGAGGAGAGUGUUGGCUUCCCUCCUUUCUCUCCCCUCUCCUCUCUCUCACUGCUCUGGCUCAGUGCAAAGCAUGUGUGUUAGUGUGUGCGUCUCUCCCGGCUCGGCUGUUGUUCGCCGCCGCCACAGAUGAGCGGGGAAGAGGAGGUAAAGCUGAUGUCUCUGGCCAAAGGAAAACAGGAGGAGUUUGGACCGACAAGCGAGACUAACCUGAGGCUCUGAUCAUCAACGGCUCUCAAUCCAUCUUUUCUAUACAAACACACACGUGCGCUGUCACGCUCUCUCUCACACACUCACUCACGCCAGCUGGAUGUCUCCUCACUAGGCGGAACGGGAGAGAGAGGUGUGAUUGCACAAAGGCUCCCUGGCUGAGGAGCUGGAAGGCAAACUAUGGAUCUAAAGGAGAGUUGUGGCAGUCAAGGGAGCCAUGAGAGCUUCAGUUUGCGCCCCACCUCCUGGCAAGCAUUUGCCAGUACCAGCACGCUGCAUGGCCUGCGCUUCAUUUUCCCAUAUGGUCAGACCGGUGCACGCCGCUUGCUCUGGGCGGCAGCUCUGCUGGCCUGCCUGGGACUGUUGGCUUUGGAGAGUGCAGAGAGGCUUGCAUAUUUCCUUUCAUACCCUCACCUGACUAGCGUUGAUGCUAUUGUGUCUAGCAGUCUGGUUUUCCCCGCUGUGACCAUUUGUAACCUCAACACUUACCGCUUCAGCCGCCUCACCAGCAACGACCUGUAUCACGCUGGAGAGCUUCUGGCCCUACUGGAUGUAGACCUGGCAAUCCCACAGCCACACCUGGCUGAGCCGGAUGUGCUUACUUUUCUUCAGGAAAGAACCAACUUCACAGCCUACAAGGCCAAAGCGUUCAGCAUGAAGGAGUUCAUGGAUCGGGUUGGCCAUGACCUCAAGGAGAUGAUGCUCUACUGCAGAUAUCAAGGCCAGGACUGCAGCCACAGUGACUUCAAAACCGCUGCCUCUAUGUUCCUGUAA